AUGGCAUCUUUAAUUGAAUUAGAUCGAGAGAAUGGUAAAUUCCAAGUAGAUGGGAACGUUUCAGAUAAACAAUUUUAUAACGACACUCGAUUUCAAACAUUAAUAUUAGUAAAUUGCUUCACAAUCGGUCAGUCCUCGUUUGGGAGAUGUAUCAAUCUUACGAGUAUCACUCUCCCACAAGAAUUGUUGAUGGUCGGGGCCAGAGCGUUCUCGGAUUGCUACAAACUUGCACAUAUAGUGAUACCGGAUUUGGUGAAAUCGAUCGAGAAUGAGUCAUUCAUAUACUGUUCGAGUCUUGCCACUGUUCAGCUCCCAACAAACUUGGUUUCGAUAGGAAAAAACGCUUUCCGAUCUUGUUUUAGACUACAUUCGAUUAAUCUCCCGGAUUCGAUACAAUCAAUUGGAACAAGUGCUUUUUCUGGUUGUAACAGUCUUAUGAUCAACAAAAAUCUUCCGAAUAAUCUCGAAAUACUGAGUGCUGGAACUUUUUCUAACUGUUUCCUGUUAGAAAGAGUUAAGAUUCCAGACAAGAUAAAGAAACUCGACAAUUACCUUUUCAACACAUGGAAAAACCUCACUGAAGUUGAAUUCGGACCAGAUAUCACAGAAAUUGGUAUUUAUUGCUUCACAGACUGCAAAAAACUUACAAGAAUAUCAAAUUUACCAUCUGUUGUUAAAAUCGGAGAUCAUGCAUUCGAAAACUGUGAAGAACUUUUAUUUUUCAAUUUUUCGAAUGAAAUCAAAUAUAUUGGCUCGGCGGCAUUUAAGAAUUGUUUAAGUUUUGUUUGUGUAAAAUUUUGGGAUUCUGGAAGUUUAAUAAGAUUUGAGGAAUAUUAUCCAAUUAAUCUUUCCCAAUUAACAGAGAUAAAAUCUAGUUCUUUUCAAAACAUUGGAAGGAAAUUUAUCCAUGAAAGUUAUCUUGAUUAUUAUUAUAUUUAUCAUUAUUAUUUUCGUUAUUAUUAUAAUAAUUAUGAUUAUAGUAAUGUUUAUGGUUAUGAGAUUUAUAUAAGAUCCAAUGUAUUUAUUCUAUCAGAAAAAUGUAAUUCUAUUGGAGAUUAUGCAUUUUGUGGAGCCUAUUUGUUUCCAGAGUUUAACUUUUCGAACAGUAUCACUCAAAUUGGAAAAUAUGCAUUUUUUAAUAGAACUGUUUUCAAGUUUGGUACUUUACCAAAAUCUCUAAAAAUAAUUGAUGAAAAUGCUUUCAACGGAUUUUAUAUUUGGAGUAGUUAUAGGCACUACACAUAUUUUGGCAAUCUUGUUAUUCCAUCGGGGGCGGAAAAAAUUCAUAAAAAUGCAUUUUCGUAUAACGAUUUUAUAAAUGUUACAAUACUUGAUAGCGUGAAUUCAAUCGGUGAAGCUGCAUUUGAAUUUUGUAUUUUUAAUAGGGAUGUCUAUUUAAGUAGUCUUACAAGCAUCUCAAAAAAAUGUUUUUAUAUGACUUUUUUUUGGAAAUUACUUGUUCUUCCAGAUAAUUUACUUGUAAUAGAAGAAAUGGCAUUUAUGCAUUCUGUAAUAGAUUCAAUCAAACUUUCUAAAAAACUGCAAGUUAUUGGCAAAAAAGCAUUUUAUAUGGAUGUUAAUACUUCAAAUUAUCAUAUGUGGGAUUCUCCACCCUUCCUUACUGAAAUUGUUUUCCCUGAAAGUUUAUAUUUGAUUGAUGAUUAUGCAUUUUAUGAUAAUUAUAUGUUGCAGAAAAUCACUUUUCUAGGUAAUAAUAUUACAUUAGGAUAUGCCUCUUUUACAAAUGUUGGAAACAGACGAGUAAAUUCAUGGAUUUUUAGAAGUUUUGAUUAUAAAGACGCUGUGUGUAAUAUUAAAAUGGAAAAUCAGAAUUCUGGUGAUAUAAUCUUUGGAAAUAAUGCAUUUAGUUAUGCAAUCAUUAAUUUUACAACGGAUGUGAAUGUAAAUACUAUUGAAAAGUAUUGUUUUUAUAAUGCAUCGAUUUUUAACUUUCAUUUGAACCAACAUUGUCACUAUAUAAAAGAUAAUGCAUUUUCACUGGUAUACUUCUGGGGAUCACUUAAAUCAAUCCGAUUUCCUGAUAAUCUGUCUACAGAACUUGGAAAAAGUAUAUUUGCAUACUCAAAUAUCGAAAACUUUUACACCUUUGCUUUUAUUAAUAUUGUUCCUGGAAUGUUCUCAAAUAGUAAAAUUGAGGAUUUAUUGAGAAAUCCAUAUCUUAAAAGUGUUGGAAAUUAUUCUUUCUUCAAUUGUUCAGAACUAAGAGAAAUUGAUCUUGGCGAUCAAUUAGAAACUAUUGGCAAUUAUGCAUUUUCACAAUGUCAAAAGUUGGAAACAGUAACAAUUCCCCCAACAUGUUAUUCUAUUGGAGAAAAUGCAUUUUCUCAAUGUCCAAUGUUAAAUAUAACAACUGUACCACAGAGAUUAGGAGAAAUAAAAUAUCAAACAUUCGCAAAUUGUAUAAGUAUUAAAUCAAUUAAUCUUUGGUAUAUUAGAAAAAUAAAUUCACUUGCUUUCGAUUCAUGUAUCAAAUUAGAAAGUAUUGUUAUUCCAGAUGAAUGUGGAGAAGUUUUACAGUAUUCAUUUAGUAACUGUAUAUCAUUAUGUUCAGUCAUAGUUGGAACAUUUUGUAAAGUUCACGAUAAUGUAUUUACAAAUUGUUUUAAUUUGAGUUUUGUCUAUUUCAAAAAUAAUGUAAUUAUUAAUGAUUUUGCAUUCAAAAAUUGCGAAAAUAUUACUGCAAUUGCAAUCUGUGAUAGUAUUACAAUUAAUCCAUAUGCAUUCAACUCUUCUCUAAAUUCAAGUUUGCAUCUUUUGUACCUCGGUGCAAGGAAAAAUGUUGCAAUCAAUCUAGCUCGAUUUGUGAAGAAUGUAACUGUUAGUCAAGCAUAUCAUGGAAAAUCCUUCUUCAAUUUCAUUGUUAACAAAAUAUCCACUGAAGAAAUGCAUCAAUUGAUGAAUGAUUAUAACUGCGGAGAAUAUAUUGAGUUCGAAGAUAUUUAUUUACCUCCAACGCCUGCAGAUCCUACAAUAUAUAGACCUUAUUUUAAUAAAAAUGUGUUAUUCUUUUCUUUUCUACCAAAAUUAUAA